UUUUUAAAUCUCUCGUCUCAUUGAUUCCUUCUCAAUAAAGAAACGAUUUUCUACAAAUCCAAAAAAUUCCUCUGGUUUUCUCAUAGACUUCCAAACUCCGAUUCCGCGGGAUCGGAAAUCUUUCAGAUUUUGGAAAAUUUCUUCGGUAAAAGCCGGAGAUUCAAAGUCUGAGACGCAUACACUCCGUUGAUUCCUCUUCAGACUCUUUGAGAUAUCUCUCCUGUCCGAUGGGGACUCCUGAAUUUCCCGAUCUCGGCAAGCAUUGCAGUGUCGGCGAUUGUAAUCAAAUUGAUUUUUUGCCCUUCACAUGCGAUAGUUGCAAUCAGGUAUUCUGUUUAGAGCACAGAAGUUAUGUAAAGCACCAUUGUCCGAAGGCUAACAAACAGGAUGUCACAGUAGUCAUUUGUCCACUUUGUGCUAAAGGAGUCCGCUUGAUCCCUGAUGAAGAUCCAAACAUCACUUGGGAGUCUCAUGUGAACACUGAAUGUGACCCGUCAAACUAUGAGAAGGCAACAAAGAAAAAAAGGUGCCCUGUCCCUGGCUGCAGAGAAACUCUAACUUUCUCCAAUAUGAUCAGAUGUAGGGACUGCACCAUAGAUCAUUGCUUGAAGCACAGGUUUGGACUUGACCACAAGUGUCCUGGGCCCAAGAAACCUGAUUCAGGGUUCCCAUUUAUAGGUCUCCUGAAUAGAAGUCAAUCAAGACCAAGCAACAGUCCAGCUGUAUCAUCGUCAAAGUGGGCUACAAGCUUUCUAAAUGCGGCUUCCUCUGUCAAAGCCUCAGCUGAAGCAGGCAUGGCGAAGUUGAGUAUUGCAACUACCCAAGCAUUGCAGAUGGCAAAAGAUGGGAUAGGGCCAAGCAGCAGUGGUAAUGGGCAUGUGGAAGAAUGCCCACAGUGUCAAGCAAAGUUCAUAUCUGUUACAUCUCUUAUAGAGCAUGUGGAGAGAGUCCAUGAAAAUGGAAGCAAACGAGCUGCGGUUAAAAAGGUGACAAUUGAUGCUUGCCCCAAAUGUAGUAAAGGAUUUCGAGAUCCAGUAUCUCUGGUGGAGCAUCUUGAGAGGGAUCAUGGAGGAAAUUCUAAAGCUUAAAUGGUAAGGUUAAUGAAUUGAUGAUCUUAUUAAUGAUUCAAUGUAUAAUACACUUUAAUGAUAAGUUUGUGUAUCUUCCUUUUGCCUUUACUUCAAUUGUUUCAGGACCAAUAGGCAACCUGGCCCAUUAAAGCUUUAGAAUUCAUUCAAAUCUUGUUAUGUGUUUAAGGAAUUGACUAGUUAUAAAUAUCCUGAAGUUCUGAG